AUGGAGACGGUGGUUCGACGCUGCCCAUUCCUGUCCCGCGUGCCACAGGCCUUCCUGCAGAAGGCGGGCAAGUCUCUGUUGUUCUAUGCCCAGAACUGCCCCAAGAUGAUGGAAGUGGGGGCCAAGCCGGCCGCCCGGGCCCUGUCGGGCUCAGCAGUGCACUGCCAGCAGGUCAGAGAAACCCCUCCAGCCAGUGAGACGGACAAAGCUGCCAAAGCCGAGGCCCAGCCGGCUCCGGAUGGCACGCAGCUUCCCCCUGGACACCCGGCGCCGGCCCCGAGCCAGGGCGCUGCGAGCAAGUGCCCUUUCCUGGCAGCCCAGAUGGGCCAGCAGGGCAGCAGCGUGUUCCGCAAGGCCAGCCUGGAGCUGCAGGAGGACGUGCAGGAGAUGCACGCUGUGCGGAAAGAGGUUGCCCAAACCUCCGUGAACCCCAGCGUGAUUGGUGUGAAGGCCGACGGAGGGGAGCCGAGCGGUCUGCUGAAGAACUUCCAGGACAUCAUGCGGAAGCAGAGACCAGAGAGGGUGUCCCAUCUGCUCCAGGAUAACCUGCCAAAAUCUGUUUCCACUUUCCAGUAUGAUCGUUUCUUUGAGAAGAAAAUUGAUGAGAAAAAAAAUGACCAUACCUAUCGAGUUUUCAAAACUGUGAACCGGAGGGCACACCUCUUCCCCAUGGCGGAUGACUACUCAGACUCCCUCAUCAGCAAAAAGCAGGUGUCGGUCUGGUGUAGCAAUGACUACCUGGGGAUGAGUCGCCACCCCCGGGUGUGCGGGGCAGUCAUGGACACCUUGAAACAGCAUGGCGCCGGAGCGGGUGGCACCAGAAACAUUUCCGGAACUAGUAAAUUCCACGUGGACCUGGAGCAGGAGCUGGCCGACCUCCACGGGAAGGACGCGGCCCUCCUGUUUUCCUCGUGCUUUGUGGCCAACGACUCGACCCUCCUCACCCUGGCCAGGAUGAUGCCGGGUUGUGAGAUUUACUCCGAUUCUGGGAACCACGCCUCCAUGAUCCAGGGGAUCCGGAACAGCCGGGUGCCAAAGUACAUCUUCCGCCACAAUGACGUCAGCCACCUCAGGGAGCUGCUGCAGAGAUCUGACCCCCAGGUCCCCAAGAUAGUGGUGUUUGAAACUGUCCACUCAAUGGAUGGGGCAGUGUGCCCGCUGGAGGAGCUAUGUGAUGUGGCCCACGAGUUUGGGGCGAUCACCUUCGUGGAUGAGGUCCAUGCAGUGGGGCUGUACGGAGCCCGAGGCGGAGGGAUUGGCGAUCGGGACGGAGUUAUGCCGAAGAUGGACAUCAUUUCUGGAACCCUCGGCAAAGCCUUCGGCUGUGUGGGCGGCUACAUCGCCAGCACCAGCGCCCUGGUCGACACCGUGCGCUCCUACGCGGCCGGCUUCAUCUUCACCACCUCCCUGCCGCCCAUGCUGCUGGCCGGGGCGCUGGAGUCCGUGCGGGUGCUCAAGAGCGCCGAGGGCCGGGCGCUGCGGCGCCAGCACCAGCGCAGCGUCAAGCUCCUGCGGCAGAUGCUCAUGGACGCCGGCCUCCCCGUGGUCCACUGUCCCAGCCACAUCAUUCCUGUCCGGGUGGCGGAUGCUGCUAAAAACACAGAAGUCUGUGACGAGCUAAUGAGCAGACAUAACAUCUACGUGCAAGCCAUCAACUACCCCACAGUGCCCCGGGGGGAAGAGCUGCUGCGGAUCGCCCCCACCCCACACCACACCCCCCAGAUGAUGGACUACUUCCUUGAGAAUCUGCUGGCCACAUGGAAGCGAGUGGGGCUGGACCUGAAGCCACAUUCCUCGGCCGAGUGCAACUUCUGCAGGAGGCCGCUGCAUUUCGAAGUGAUGAGUGAGAGAGAGAGAUCCUUCUUCUCGGGCAUGAGCAAGCUGGUCUCUGCUCAGGCCUGAGCGUGUUGUGACCCUAAGUACCCACCCGACCCUGCCGUUCUGUGCCCACAUGGUCUCUAGUAUCGUCUUUCUGUGUGGAUUAAAUUAUAUUAAGUUUAAUCUAUAGUAAAAGCAUAGCUCUGAAAAUAAAUUCUUGUUUAAGUGACGGGUC